GUCAAUUGUCACUCCUGAACAUUGAGUGUCCUUUUAUUCAACCCUUCUCUCCUUUCGCUCUUCUUUUAUUCCAUGACUCUUCUACCCUCUUCUUGAGAUGGUCUGCUGACCGGUUAAUGACUUUCUUCCCUUCUUUGUCUGCCUUUGACCACGUUUCCCCUGUCUAGAUUGGGGCCGGAAUUCCACCACCUCUGACCUGCCAUCAGCCUCAUCCGCAAUACCUGACAGACCUCCUGCCUUCCGUAAAGCUCCUCCCUCCGAGCUCCUCAACAUGGCGUACAAGCCGCGAAAGAAUGGGACUAUUCAAAAGGGCCAGUCUCCUGCGCCCACAACAGCAGUGACACUAAAGAAGGAGAGCUUCGCAUCAGAAGGAGUCACAGACAAUGAUGUCUUUCUCCUGCCCAUGUCCGACUACCAGAUCAUGGGGCUUCUGACGCUACUGGCUGCAGUCGUCCGUUUGUUCCGCAUCUAUCAGCCAACAAGCGUGGUAUUUGACGAGGUUCACUUCGGUGGUUUUGCGACCAAAUACAUCAAGGGCAAAUUCUUUAUGGACGUCCACCCUCCUCUCGCAAAACUUCUCAUCACGCUCGCUGGUUGGGCUGCCGGUUUCAAGGGCGACUUUGAUUUUAAGGACAUUGGAAAAGACUAUCUCGAACCCGGAGUUCCUUACGUCUCGAUGCGCAUGUUGCCAGCUAUCCUCGGCGUCCUGACCAUUCCUACUAUGUUUUUAACCCUGAAGGCCGCCGGUUGCAAGACGAUUACUGCUUCGUUAGGAGCCGCCCUGGUUAUCUUUGAAAACGGCCUGGUUACACAGUCUCGACUAAUUCUUCUCGACUCACCUCUCGUCAUCUGCACUGCUUUCACCGCUUUGGCUUGGACCUGCUUCAGCAACCAACAUGAACUCGGUCCUGAACGCGCAUUUGAUGCCAGUUGGUGGUUUUGGCUAGCGGCCACUGGUCUAGGGUUGGGUGCAACCGUCAGCGUCAAGUGGGUUGGUCUGUUCACCAUUGCUUGGGUUGGCAGCUUGACCCUCCUCCAGCUGUGGGUGCUCCUCGGCGACAAUGUGACUGUCACCCCAAGAAAAUGGUUCAAACACUUCUUCGCCCGGGUCUUCUGCCUGAUUGUCAUCCCAAUCGCUUUCUACGUCGGCAUGUUUGGCAUUCACUUCCUCUGUCUGGUCAACCCGGGCGAUGGCGAUGGGUUCAUGUCGUCCGAAUUCCAGGCAACCCUGAACAACAAGGGAAUGGCCGAUACCCCUGCAGAUGUGGCAUUUGGUAGCGAAGUCACCAUCCGACAUCACAACACUCAGGGUGGCUAUCUCCAUUCUCACCCUCACAUGUACCCUACUGGCAGCAAGCAACAGCAGAUCACGCUCUAUCCUCAUAAGGACGAGAACAACGUUUUCCUGCUUGAGAAUCAGACCCAGCCGAUCACCGCAGAAAACGUGACCAUUCCUGGGCCUCGGGCAUGGUCAAACUUGACCGAGGGUCCGCAAUGGAUCCAUGAUGGCGAUAUUAUCAGACUCUAUCACACCAUAACGCACCGUCGCAUUCACUCGCACGAUGUCCGACCUCCGAUCACAGAAGCCGAUUGGCAAAAUGAAGUGACUGCAUAUGGCUAUGAGGGCUUUGAGGGCGAUGCCAAUGAUCUCUUCCGGGUCGAGAUCGUCAAAUCCAUGUCCGAUGGGGAAGACGCAAAGCAGAGACUGAGAACCAUCCAAAGCAAGUUCAAACUCGUCCACAUCAUGACCGGCUGUGUUCUUUUCUCCCACAAGGUCAAGUUGCCAGAUUGGGGUUUCGAGCAACAGGAAGUUACCUGUGCUAAGGGCGGUACUCUUCCCAACAGUGUCUGGUAUAUCGAACAAAAUUAUCAUCCGCAGCUGAACGAAACCGCUGAGAAGGUCAACUAUAAGAACCCUGGUUUCCUAGGCAAAUUCUGGGAACUCCAGAAGGUUAUGUGGAAAACCAAUGCCGGUCUGGUCGAGUCGCACGCCUGGGAUUCAAGACCUGGCUCGUGGCCAAUCUUGAGACGUGGUAUCAACUUCUGGGGCAAAGACCAUCGACAGAUUUACCUUCUUGGAAACCCUGCCAUUUGGUGGCCUUCGACAUUGGCCAUCUUGGCCUAUGGCAUAUUCAAGGGCAUUGCCGUUCUCCGUUGGCAACGAAGCUGCAACGACUAUGCUAACGUCAACUUCAAACGAUUCGACUACGAGAUCGGUCAGACUGUUUUGGGUUGGGCAUUCCACUACUUCCCCUUCUUCCUUAUGGCGAGACAAUUAUUCCUACAUCACUACUUUCCUGCCUUGUACUUCGCCAUCAUGGCCAUGUGCCAGAUCUUCGAUUUUGCCGCCAACAGAAUCUCCUCCCUUGGACUGAAGCGACAUCCGGAGAUAGGCCGCGCCGUGGCUGUUCUUUUUGUGGCUUUUGCCAUUGGAGUUUUUGCUCUGUAUGCUCCCUUGGCGUACGGUAAUCAAUGGACACAAGAUCAAUGCAAAGCGGUCAAAUUGUUCGACACGUGGGAUUUCGACUGCAACACUUUCCAUACUGAUUACUCUAAAUACUCCGAGUCCGCUCCCAGUCUCGGCGGCGCCACUCCCACCGUGCCAUCAGCUCAAGUGCCUUCUGCACGGAAAGACGAUCCCUCCGCUGUAACUCCGCAAGUCGGUGAUCAAAAUGUCAUCGGCCAUGAGGAGCGCGUCGAGUACCGCGACCAAGACGGUAAUUUGCUCGACGAGGCACAAGUCCAGGCUCUCCUAGCGGAUGGCAAUGCUUCCUUCCAGACCAAGUACGAGACACGAACGAGAUUGGUUGACGAGAACGGCAACGAGGUCAACCCGUCGAGCGUCGCGCCAGAACACCCAGAUGUCGAGGGACAGAACCCGUCGACGAAGGGUGUACCAGAGGAGCAGGCCAAUCAAAAGCCUGCGCAAGCGAAGGCCGGAGGGUCUGCGAAGAAGGACGAGGACGAAGGCAAGGCAAAGCCUGCUAGCGAUGCGAGUGAGGCGACGGCCUGAGACGUUGAUUGUCUUUCGAGAAGAGGUGAUGAGUGACAGGAAGCGAGAUGAGCUAAGGUAACGUGAUCUUGAAUGUAAUACCAAAGGCAAAGAGAGAAUACAAAAGUAAUCUUCACCUGGAGUCAGCUUUCAGUGGCUUUCCGACUUGGUAGAGUUGCCUCCGUGACUCCGCCUUAUCCCAAUCAAUGAAGGACUCUGGCGCUGUACAUUUGUGCGCGACAUCACGGUCUGGAUUUCC